ACAAUAUUUCCCCAAAGCAUCUUUUUCCCCUUUCUUUAUCCACAAAAAAACUUUCAAAAUAUAUAUUCUUCUCCUUUCUUUGGUGAAAUGGCAUCUUCUUCUAAUAAUAUUGAAGAAAGGAUGGAUGAAUACUUUGAUCAAGCAUUUGAUAAUUAUUUUGAUAAAGAAUUCGAGAAUCGUUUCAAUCAAGCAUUCAGUGAUCAACAAGAAGCAACCAUGGAGAAGCCAAAACGAUCCUACAUUGAAAGAGACCGUGAAGAUGGUCACAGACGCUUAUGGGACGAUUAUUUCAGUGACGAUGCAACAUAUCCUCCUCGCUUCUUUCGUCGCCGUUUUAGAAUGAACAAAUCCUUGUUCUUGCGUAUCGUUGAACGACUCUCUGCUGAAGUUCCAUACUUUCGACAACGACAAGAUGCUACUGGAAGGUUCGGUCUCUCUGCACUACAAAAAUCUACAGCAGCAAUUCGUAUGAUGGCAUAUGGUUGUGCAGCUGAUGCAGUUGACGAAUACCUCCAGCUUGCUGAAAGCACUGCGAUGUUAUGCUUGGAACAGUUCGUUGAAGGAGUCAUUAAUUUAUUUGGAGAUGAGUACCUCCGAAGACCCACAGUAGAAGAUCUUCAACGACUACUCGCUAUUGGAGAGUGGCGCGGAUUUCCCGGAAUGAUAGACAGCAUAGAUUGUAUGCAUUGGGAGUGGAAGAAUUGCCCGACCGCAUGGAAAGGUCAAUACACACGUCGAUCUGGAAAGCCAACAAUUGUUUUAGAGGCUGUAGCUUCACAAGACCUCUCGAUAUGGCACGCAUUUUUUGGACCUCCAGAUGGUAUUUAUCCAAAUUGGGUUACUUUUAUCCAAUCAAUUCCAAUGCCAGCAGAUCCGAAAGCAUCUUUAUUUGCUACAUGUCAAGAAGCCACACGUAAAGAUGUCGAGCGUGCUUUUGGCGUUUUGCAAGCUCGAUUUGCCAUAGUCAGAAACCCAACUCUUUUUUUGAAUAAGAAAAAAAUUGGAAAGAUUAUGAGAGCAUGUAUCAUACUGCACAAUAUGAUAGUAGAAGACGAACGAGAUGAGGCCACUCAGUUUGAUAAGGCAACAUUCACACAAGCAGAUUCAAGCAGAACUCCAGAAGUGGAUCUCUCAUAUUCUACAGAAACGCCUUCAAAUGUCACUAACCUAAUGAGUAACAUAAUGAGCAAACGAAAGGACCUUCGUGAUCGAAAAAUACAUCAAAGAUUGAAAGCUGAUUUGGUUGAGAAUAUAUGGCAAAAAUUCAGAACCAAUUAAGAUUACGAUUAAUCGUUUUGUAAUGUGUUUUAAAUAUGCUUUUAUGUAUUGUUUGUUUAAAAUCUUAUGAAAUAUAUUCAUUUUCAAGUUUUUAAAUAUAUUUAAAUUAUACUA